CGUAUCAGUGGGCACAUCGUGACACUAUUUUUGUUCACAAAGUCAGACGUGUUCACAGUUCUUAUCCCAAUCAUGUGUACUUUAUCUACCUUUGCAGCUGCUUCCCAUCCCAAUGCAAAUCGCAUUCCAGACAUCAUCAUAUGGAUAUGGCUGCACCUCCUGAAACAUGAUAUAUAUAACCAGAUGCUAGAUCAAGAGGAGGACCAGAAAAACAAGCCUUAUCGCCCUCUCCCUGCCGGUUGUAUAACUGCCCAAAAUGCGGCGGAUGUACGCUGGCUGCUAGUGCUAGUCUGCCUGAUAUUUUCUGCGAUGUACGGCAUCAAGGCUCUCGCUUGUAGCGCUUGUAUAGAAGCCCUCAGCAUCUGGUACAAUGAGUUUGGUGGCGAUAAGACUGGGCUUUCGAAGAACAUAUUGACGGCUAUCGCAUAUGCAAAUUUUGAAUUAGGCGCGAUGGCCGUGAUUGGUAUUAUUGAUAACAUUGGAGCAUGUGCAGUCGCCUUCAGCUCUGUAGUGUUUGCAACGACACUUCACGCACAAGAUUUCAAAGAUGAGGAGGGAGAUCGAUUGACGGGAAGAUGCACUCUUGUCACUCUGUUCCCUACCUUUGCGCGUAUGUCCAUGAUGAUUGGCAUCCCCCUUUGGUCACUCUACCUCAGCAGACUUUGGAAGGUAGAUCUCGUCUGUUCUCUCGCGUUCGUAGCGUACGGAACGAUUGUCGGGGCGAGAUUCAUGGUUUAUAGGACCGCAAGUGCGCACAAACAGUCGUGCAAACUGUAUAGCGUCAGUAAUCUCGAGUCUAAAAAUUCUACCUACUGA